AGAAGGUGGUCCGUCAUUCUCGCGCAUGCUCAGUAGCAGUAGCAGCUGUUUGUUGACAUAACAGUAGCCGAGGCCUGGCUGACACCAGACGGGGAUAAACAGCUUCAGUGAUGUCUGUGAAACACGCUCUUAGCCGGGGACUCGAGCUGGGCCGGUCGGUCUUCCAGCUGGGUCUCCUCAGAUCAGGUGGCCGAGUCGCAGCAAAGCUCCGAGCUGACCGUGUAGGCCCGUCGGUCCGCACCGUUCAGCCUCAGGCUUUCCUGCCUUCUCGGUACCGGUAUUACCGCACCUCUCUGAAGGGCCUGGCAGCCCAGCUUCAGUCCCGCCGGCUUCAGAGGAGUUUUGGCGGCGGGUCCCCACGGAACAGGGCCGUGUUUCUGGCUUUCGGUCUCGGUGUGGGGCUGAUUGAACAACAGCUGGAAGAUGACAGGAAGAGUGCUGCGACAUGUUCAGAGAUCCAGGCAGUGUUUAGGAAGAAAAAAUAGAGCCCACUCAAGCCUUUCACCUCUGGAUAUAAACUGGAGGAUUACAUUAUUGGGAAUCAGAUUGGGAAAGGCUCCAACGCUGCUGUGUACGAGGCUGCGGCUCGGUUUGCCCCUCCAAAGGAGACUAACAGCAAGUGCUCCCUGGUGCAGCUGAGAGAAGAUGAAGAGGAAGGGGAGACGGCUCGUUCUCUGACAUGCUGCUCGCUGAGAACCUUCCCUAUGGCUAUCAAGAUGAUGUGGAACUUUGGGGCAGGGUCGUCAAGUGAGGCAAUAUUAAAAUCCAUGUCCCAGGAGCUGGUGCCUGCAGGCCCCCUGGCGUUAAAGCAGGAAAAAGAAGAAGUCACUCUGGAUGGACAUUUUGGAGUCCUGCCCAAAACAGUGUCGGCACACCCUAAUGUGAUCAGGGUGUACCGGGCUUUCACAGCGGACGUCCCGUUGCUACCAGGUGCCCAAGAAGAGUAUCCGGAUGUGCUGCCAACCAGGCUUAACCCUGCUGGUCUGGGCAACAAUCGCACUCUUUUCCUCGUCAUGAAGAACUACCCCUGCACGCUGCGACAGUACCUGGAGGUGUCCACACCAGGCCGCAGGCAGGGCUCUCUGAUGGUGCUGCAGCUCCUCGAGGGGGUCGACCACCUGUGCAGACAGGGUGUUGCUCACAGGGAUCUCAAAUCAGACAACGUGCUCUUGGAGUUUGACUCAGAUGGAUGCCCUCGUUUAGUGAUUACCGACUUUGGCUGCUGCCUGGCCCAGAGGGAUUCUAAUCUACAGCUGCCCUUCAACAGCAUGUGGGUCAACAGAGGAGGGAAUGCCUCCCUAAUGGCCCCUGAGGUGGCCACUGCAGUUCCAGGGAGCGGUGUGGUGAUUGACUACAGCAAGGCGGAUGCCUGGGCAGUAGGUGCCAUCUCCUAUGAGAUAUUGGGUCAGAGUAACCCAUUCUAUCGAGCAGUGGGACUGGAGAGCAGGAGUUACCAGGAGAAGCAGCUCCCUCCUCUGCCCUCCGGUGUUCCAGCUGAUGUGCAGUCAGUGAUCCGAUUACUCCUCAGGAGGAGCCCAAGCAAGCGUCCCAGUGCCCGUGUGGCAGCUAACAUGCUACAUCUUAGCCUCUGGGGACAGAAGGCCCUGGCCAACCAGGACAGCGUUGGCAUGAGGAAGCUGGCUGAUUGGCUGCUGUGCCAGUCUGCUGUGGUUCUCCUGAGGGGCUGUAGUGGACCCAGUGGGAACAAGGUAGGGGCGGAGCUUCAGAGGAGCUUCCUGUCUAACCUGGACCUGGAGGACCUGCGCACCGCUGUGGGCUUCCUCCUGUAUGGGCGAGAGCAGCGUCAGGCCUGCAUUCUGUCUGCAUAGAUCCACUCUCACUCAUUCAGACGCCUAUCUUAAAGGUGCAAGUGAUAACAUAUAGCCAGUAGAGGUCGCGCUCUCUCUCCCCCGUUCUGUUGAAUUCACUUCACAACAAGUGGUUGCCAGUUCGUUGCACAACCUGCAUAUUUUCGUGUAGUCAUUUUGCAACACUUGGCUAUACAUGGCUAUUGAUUUAGGUUACUUUGUGCUGUGGUGUUUCAAGAUUCAUGCAACAUAAUCUAUCAUAAUCUAAGGGUAUGGCUAUCUAGUUUAGGUAACGUUUAGCUUGUCAUCUAAGCAGUGGUAUAGUGCAAGGUAUAUGCUGUAGACCUACUGAUUUCCAGUCGGCCACCCACUUCUAAAUCACCUCUGAUGUGCAUCUUCGUUACAGAUUGUUAGAGGGAACUAUAACGUUGGGUAACUGGACGCAACCCUCACUAAUGCUAAGAUGCUAACGUAGCUCCUCAGUGAUUGAAGCAAAGUCCACUGACACUGUACUCCUACAUUGUUGUACGUCAUCUGUGACUGUCAGUGUACUCCAGCAGUUAUUAUGAACUAUCAAAUGGUGUAAUUCACCCCUAAACAAGUGUUGUCUAUUGCUGCUGAAAUUCCUGAUCUGCAUUUAACCAGAAUGUGUUCUCACAAACUCAGCGCCACAACAGCAUCAGCAGGAGGUAACUCAAAGUGCUACUACUAGAGAUGUUCCAAUGUCAUUUUUUCCUUCCCGAUUCCGAUACCUAAACUUGCGGUAUCGGCAGACACCAAUACCGAUCUGAUACCAGCAUGAUAAAAAAAAGUAUAUAGUUAUUGUUAUUGUUAUUGUUAUUAUUAUUAUUAUUAUUAUUAUUAUUAUUAUUU